CCCCAGGCCUGAUGAGCAGGUCUCGCGCCUCUAUCCAUCGGGGGAGCAUCCCCGCGAUGUCCUAUGCCCCCUUCAGAGAUGUACGGGGACCCCCUAUGCACCGAACCCAAUACGUUCAUUCCCCAUAUGAUCGUCCUGGUUGGAACCCUCGGUUCUGCAUCAUCUCUGGGAACCAGCUUCUCAUGCUGGAUGAGGACGAGAUACAUCCCCUUCUGAUCCGGGACCGGAGGAGCGAGUCCAGCCGCAACAAACUGCUGAGACGCACAGUCUCCGUGCCGGUGGAGGGGCGGCCCCACGGCGAGCAUGGACCAGGGAUCCAGGUCCUCCAUCCCCCCAACUCCUGGUGA